AUGACCGGGCUCGAUCGUGCGCUGCGCCUUCUACCGCUAGGAUCUGCGCCGGGGCCGGACAUGAUACAUGGGGAGGCGCUGCGGCACCUUGGAAAAUGUUUGAAACACUCUGUGCUGACGCUCUUCAACAAGACCUUGCGCACUGGCGUCGUUCCGCAGAGCUGGAGGCACAUGGUCAUAAUCCCACUCCUCAAGCCGGGCAAAACAGCGACUGAAAUAGGACCACACAGGCUAGUAGCGCUCCCAUGUUGCCUCUGUAAGCUCAUAGGGCGCACCGUAGCAGCACGCAUUCGUGAUGUUUCAGAACUUGCGCUCACACCACAGCAGCCUGGAUUCUGA